UUUUCGUAGCGCCCGACAUACUCCGAGUGAACCCACAACUGACAACACCCUGGACAGCAGACAAAAUAAAAUAUAUUCAAAAUGUGCACUUUCAUAGAUUGUUUAUUGAGCCCCCUCAUACUGUGGCCGGCUAUUAUCGGCGUGGGUAUCUACCUCUUGAAGGACUAUAUGCAGGGAGGGCAGUUCAAGAAGGUCACCGAUGAGACCGGAAAAGUGUUCAUUGUCACGGGAGCCAACACCGGCAUUGGCAAGGAGACGGCUCUGGAGAUUGCCAGGCGCGGAGGAACUGUGUACCUGGCCUGCAGGGAUAUGAACCGCUGUGAAAAGGCCCGCAAGGACAUCAUAAAGGAGACGAAUAACCAGAAUAUAUUCUCCCGGGAACUUGACUUGAGUUCCUUGGAAUCCAUCCGUGAAUUCGCAGCUGGCUUCAAGAAGGAGCAGAGUAGGCUCGAUGUCCUGAUCAAUAACGCCGGCGUGAUGCGCUGCCCCAAGACUUUGACCAAGGACGGCUUCGAACUGCAAUUGGGAGUCAACCACAUCGGGCACUUUCUGCUGACUAACCUCCUGCUCGACGUGCUGAAGAAAUCGGCUCCAAGUCGCAUUGUCGUCGUUUCCAGUCUGGCCCAUACGCGUGGCACUAUGAACGUGGACGACCUGAACAGCGAGAAGUCCUAUGACGAGGGGCUAGCCUACAGCCAGAGCAAGUUAGCCAACAUCCUGUUCUCCCGGGAAUUGGCCAAGCGCUUGGAGGGCACUGGUGUCACAGUCAACUCUCUACAUCCGGGCGUUGUGGACACGGAACUGACCAGGAACUGGGCCUUCUUCCAGACCAAUUUCGUGAAAUUCUUCUUCAAGCCUAUGAUUUGGCCGCUCUUGAAGACACCCAAAAGUGGAGCACAAACCUCGAUUUAUGCUGCUCUCGACCCGGAACUGAAGGAAGUCACCGGCGUAUACUUCAGCGACUGCAAGCCAAAGGCUGUGGCCCCCGCUGCCUUGGACGAUAAGGUUGGAAAGUUCCUGUGGGCCGAGAGCGAGAAGUGGACUGGCCUAGCUACUCCUGCAUCCAAAAACUAAGCAGUAGUAGGUUAGAACAAGCGGUUUAAUCAUCUUUAAUACUAGCUGCUUUUCGCGAAUGGAUUAAUAAAUAAAUACAUAUUUUCCUAGCUUUCAUAAA